AUGACAAAAGUUCUUUAUCAAGAUCAAAGAGAAGGAAACUUACUAAAAUUAAACGCUGAUGAUUUUAUCAAUUUAAUUGAACGUAAAGAUCCCGAGAUCCAAGGAUUUUUUAAUAUUUUAUAUAAUGCAAUGAAUUCUAAAGACAAAGCUUUGAAAACACGAAAAAGUUUAAAAGAAAAAAUUAUGGUAUUGUGCUAUGAAAUGGCCGAAUUGCGAAACAAGCAAGUAAGCGGUGUCAAAGCUGCACUGGGAUUAUUUUUUACAAAAUCUAGAGCCUCGGCUUAUUGUAUUAAUACAAUGGCUAAUAUGGGAUUAUGUACUACAUACCAAACAGCUUUUAAUAAAAUUAAUGGAAUAAGUGAUAAGCACUAUGAUAGUGUGAAAAAAUACAUUCAAGAUCAC